GUCAGACUCAGAACAACAAGGAGAGGUCAGAUACUUUCACAUCAAGAUGGGGGAUUAGUAACCAGGCCUAAAUGAACGCCUCUUUUGACUUUUAAUUGCCAGAGUUCAAUUGAAACCUAGUGUUUGCAGUUUCUGUCGGACCAGAUUCAGAGUUAGAGUCAGUGUGAAGCUGACUCCACCUUCAGGAGCCGGUGAAACCUCUGCGGUCCUUCCUGCAAAUCUUGGGUUUUGUUUCAACAAGUUGUACCUGCCUGUCCUGUCAGCGGGGGAGGGGGGGGGGGCAGAGCUGAAGUACUCUCAGAGCGGCUCAGACACCAGGGGGAAACACCGAUCUGAGCACAUGGACGACAGACACACGGCUGGAGCCGGCAGAAAUCACUUCAGCGCUUUUCCACUGGACUGUAAGGGUUAUCAUGUUCCCAGAGGAGAGGAGAGCCGGACCCUGUGGCCCAGGCCGCUGGCUCAGAAGUGGACGGUGAUGCUGUUUCUGGGAACCUGCCUCCUGUUCUGCGCCCGCAUGGCGAUGCCCAUCUGUGCCGUGUCGAUGGCCGCCUCCUUCCACUGGAGUAAGAUCGACUCGGGUCUGGUUCUGGGUGGAUUCUUCUGGGGAUACUGCUUCACUCAGAUCCUGGGAGGACAUGCCAGUGACAAGGUGGGAGGAGAGCGCGUCCUGUUCCUCUCGGCUGCCUCCUGGUCUCUGAUCACAGCUGUGACUCCUCUGCUGGCUCACUUAGGAUCAAACACACUCGCUCUCAUGACCUUCGCCAGAUUCCUCAUGGGACUCACGCAGGGAGUUUUUUUUCCGUCUUUGGCCAGCCUCUGCUCUCACCGCGUACUGGAAGGAGAGAGGGGCUUUCUGAUGAGCGCCAUCAACAGCGGGGCCAAUCUGGGGACCUUAAUGGCGGGGGGGAUGGGCUCCCUGUUGCUGGAAGGGUACGGAUGGGAGAGCAUGUUUUACUGCAUCGGUCUCCUGGCCGGACUCUGGGCUCUCGUGGUGUGGCUGUGUUUGCUGAAAGGUGUGGAAGUGACCCAGAAGCAGAAGGACUUUAAAGACCCUCAGUGGAGUUUAUCCAGAAAGCGGUGGCUGAGUCUCUUCAGGAAGGCUCCUGUCUGGGCCAUGAUGUUCGCCCACAUGUGCCUCUGCAGCUCUAUGUACACUCUACUAUCCUGGCUGCCGACGUACUUUAAAGAAUCAUUUCCACACGCCACGGGUUGGGUGUAUAACGUGGUGCCGUGGGCUGUUGCCAUUCCAUCAGCCCUCGCUGGAGGAUAUUUCUCAGACUUUCUAAUAAACCGAGGAUAUGGUGUGUCGUUGGUGAGAAAGAUAAUGCAGUUCUUUGCGAUGGGUGUCUCCAAUAUGUUCAUCAUAUUCCUGUCUGGAGACGUCUCCUUUCCCUCCGCUGUGACCUUGAUCUCCGCUGCCAUCGGGCUGAGCACCUUCAGCAGCGGUGGCGUGACGGUGAACGUGCAGGACCUGACCCCCUCCUGUGCCGGGGCCCUCUUCGGUUUUAUGAACAUGAUGGGAGCUUUCAUGGGCCUGGUGUUUGUGUCAGUGUCGGGCUACCUGAUCGAGGUGACGCUCUCCUGGGCCAAGGUGUUCUCUCUCAUCACGAUGGUGAACGUCACCGGCCUCGGGGUCUUCCUCGUCUUCGGGGACGCUCGCAGAGUCGACCUGCAGGACUGCAGCCCGCUGGUUCAGAUAUAAAGUACAUCAGAAUCGGUUAAAUGACCAAGUAUAGGUUUACACAUACGAGGAAUCAGCUCUGGUGCAGACAGAGACACAGACAGGAGGAGCAAGAAAUAAUACUUCAUGUAUUUUUUAAACUAUUUUAAGGACAUGUUAAAAGAUAUAUUAGUGUCUGUGAAACUGGACACAACAUCUCCAUUGCAUCACAGUUUCAGUGAUCAGUUAUCACAGCACUGAGAGAAGGACAUGUUCUGCUGGUCAUCUGGUUUUCUCUCAGGGGUUUACGAGGUGAGAAGUUCUGUAUUUAAAAAAGAAAAUCAGUAUGAACAUCAAAGGGGGAAGUUUCCAGGUGAAAGGAAUACAUAUUAAUAUAUAUUGAUUUCCUCACUUUAAAAUAAUCUGUUAAGAGCUAGGAUAUAUUCUUCAGCUUCUUAUUUCAUUUUCAAUCCCUAAAAACAUUGGAGGGGGAACAAAUAUUCCUGCUGGAUAUUUAUUUAUUAUUUCCUAACCAUUGAUGUUAAGUUUGAAGUGGUUUUCUGUUGUAGUUUUUAUUUAGGCCCAAAGGCUGACUGUGAUUCAUGCAUUGUGCACAAACAAAAACAAAACAACAGAAAGAGACAACAAACAAGGACCAACCGUGUGCAGUGUGUGGAAUUAAAGUCGACGCUAAUCAUCCUGGCUAAAUGUUUUGUAUCACUAUUUUAAAAACAGAAUCACCAGAUUGGUUUUCACCUACCUCAGGGGUUUUUGUAUUUGUUUUGCUGUGUACAGAAUAAUACCAACACAGCACAGAAAAGUGUCAAUAAUGUUGAUGUAAAAUCUUGUUUUCUUUGUCAUUGACGACGGGAAUCAGCUUUACGGAUCCAAUAACGACUUGAAAAUACAGGAACGUUUACAUCAAUCUGUUGCCCAGGGACACCACGGCAUGCUGGCUGUGGUGGGGAUUGAACCAGCACUCCCCUGAUCCGAGGAGCAGUGCACUGUCCCACAGUGCCACAGCCCCUCAGUGCCACAGCCCCACAGUGCCACAGCCCCUCAGUGCCACAGCCCCUCAGUGCCACAGCCCCUCAGUGCCACAGCCCCACAGUGCCACAGCCCCUCAGUGCCACAGCCCCACAGUGCCACAGCCCCACAGUGCCACAGCCCCACAGUGCCACAGCCCCUCAGUGCCACAGCCCCACAGUGCCACAGCCCCUCAGUGCCACAGCCCCUCAGUGCCACAGCCCCACAGUGCCACAGCCCCACAGUGCCACAGCCCCACAGUGCCACAGCCCCUCAGUGCCACAGCCCCCCCACUGAAGUUGAUUUUUGUUUUCUGUUUCUGUUGCAUCAUGUUUACUGUAAACUGCUUCGGAUGAAACCAAAAGUUUCAGAUUGUAUAAAUCUCUAAUGUUCACAUGGGUAUUGACUUCAUUCAAAUAUGCAGGAAAAUAUAUCUUCUUUAUUUUGUAACUAUCUCCGGAUGCUGAAGAUUUUGACAAACGUUGCUCAAAUAUAAGUCAAUAUUUGUAGGGGUUUUUUCUCUGGUGCAGACUUUUGGUGUUCUUAUUAUGUGUGCAGUUGGAAAACGGUCUGCAUUAGGCUUUCAGUUUGCCAAGAUGUUCAUCUCUACCAGAACUUGUGCAAAUAAUGAGCGAUACAUAAAACCGCUCUGGUAUUUGUAUUCAUGUUUUCUUUAUAUACAUAUUUAUUCAACUGAGCACUUUGUGAGUUUUGGUUUGGUUCUGGUGUCACUGAUAUUAAAAUAGAGAUUAUUA